CCCCCCGCCCCACAAGUGGUAUUUUUCUGGCUUGUUCAGCGAGCGGCGGAAUCAGGAUGUGUACGCGCUGCGGCUGCGUACGCCUGUGUGAGUGAGGCGCAGAGGGCGGCAGUGUUGCAGCCUCGAAGGGGAGUGUGUGUGUGUGUGUUUGAUUACAGAGUGCCGAGCCGACCCGACCCGGACACAUCUCGGAGCCGAAGACCCGCGGAGCCAAGCGAGUGGCAUGGCAGCGCCCCGGCCCAUCAAAGGGAUCCUGAAGAACAAGCACAGCGGGGCCGGCGCCCAGACAGGCCGCGGAGUGCCGGUGGUGGAGAUCCCCGAGAGAGCGGCGCCGGCGCCUUUCGACGAGGAUCAGCAAAAGAAGUCACAGAAAUGGGAUGAAAUGAACAUCUUGGCUACCUACCACCCUGCAGAUAAAGAUUAUGGAUUAAUCAAAAUUGAUGAGCCCAGCACACCAUACCACAGGAUGGUAGGAGAUGAGGAUGAUGAAGGAGCUCUGAGUGAUUCGGAAUCGAAUACAGGCCUUACUGCAGACACCUUGGCUAUGAAGCUGGCAGCAGCAGAGGGAGACGAGCCCAAGAUUUUCCAAAGGGUUGAGGAAGAAGAGAGCAGCGAGGAAGAAGAAGAGGAGCUGACCCCAGAAGAACAGGCAAAAAGGGAGCAGUUUGAAAUUAUGAGGAAGAUGCAUUACAAUGAAGGCUUGAACAUUAAAUUGGCCAGACAACUGAUAGCAAAUGAACUUGACGAAGAGGAGGAUGAAGAUGAAGAGAUGAAGGAAGAUACAGAGACAGAAGACAUCAAUGUAGACCCUCCAGAACAUGCUGAUCCACAAGAUUCCUAGAAGAAAAAGAACACAUUUGCUCUGGCUCUUAGGUGAACAUAAGAUUCACUUAAGUGAAUAAAAGACAUGAGUAGUUGCUUCACAGCUGAUCAAAGAAGACACUGCUUCGUGAUCCUGCCAUUCACAUCUCUAUUUAUGAACACUGUAAAUGAAGCAUAUCUACCAAACAGUUGUUUCUUCUGUUGCCAAGAUUAUAAUUAUAGUUAUUGUUCAUCUAAGGAAGUAGACUAAUAUGGGGAAAAUGGCAUAGAGUUUUUGCUGCUUUCUGUAUGGUAGGUUUUAAUGCCUGUGGGCUCUCCCAUAUGAAAGGGAGAUACCACUUUACCUGCACUACAGUAAGAUAAUUCAGCUUCUUGUUUUUUUCUCUUGGCUACCUGUUCAGCGACAGCCAGAAGCACAUUUCGUGACUUUCUAAGAGUGAUUUGCUACUGUUUAAGAAAUGUUUUUUUAUGUUUGCUGCCUGAGGAAUUAAGAUGCAUUUCAAAUCAACUUUAAUGCAAACAUUUUAUGGACAGAUAUUUUCAAAAGAUCUAGCACUGAUUUCCUCAUUACGUUUGGCUAUAUAUAUUUUUUAAAUUGGGACUUCAGCAAAUCUAAAACAAAAAAGGUUUUAAAAAGCAAAAGUGUUGUCAUAACUCUUGUUUAUUUCACUGGCACUGAUGUGUUUGCUUGUUCAGUAUUAAAAGCAGGGCAGCAUGGGAGUUUUGCUUGUUUUCAUAUGAACAGCUGACAAGUGUGGGUUAUUGACAGUGUAACUAGUGUCAUGUCUUUCUAAUAAUGGUUUUUAAGUCAGGUUUUCUGAUAAUAAAAAGGUUGUUCUGGGAUGCCCAUUUACCUUUGGGACUGGUAUUCUUUCUUGCCUUCAAAUUUACACUUUGUUUAUAAAUUACUUUUGUAUCCAUUUCUUGGAUGAGUAGUCAAUGUGGGAUAAAGCCUUGUAGGGAAAAAAAAAAGAAAUUCAGUUUAACUGGGAAGUUAAUCAGUACCCUUUAGUCUCUACACCACAUAUGAGAUUGUAUUUGAUUUUGUUAUUAAUGAUAGCUAUGGUUAGAUUAACCCUGUAUUAUUAAAUGAGUUGUAAGAUUACUACAAUCAUGUUUUGUAAUUCAUUCUCAUGUAUUGCUUUGUUCCUACUCAUUUGUUUGCAUGGAUCUGGCUGGCACAUGGUUUUCUUAUUAUUUAAACAUCUCUGUAUGCCAUAUCUAUGUAUAUACAGUAUACAUAAUUUCCCUUUGAUUGUACUUGGCUGUGACAAUGUAUAGAUCUUCUGUGGUUCUAAUUUAACUGAUCUGCCUGUUUUAUUCUCAGUUUCUCCUGAAGGAUGAUAUUUUAGUAUGAAACAAAUUUCCCACACGUGAGGAGUACUACAUCUGUUUUUUUUGUAAGUUGACAGGAGACGGUUUGGACUGUUAUUCUUUUGGAACACAGAAAGCAUGUUCUUAAAAUUAAGGAUAUGUGUAAUAUUUGGUCUCCAUGAAUAAAUGAAGACAUUAUACUAA